AUGAAGCUAGGUAGAAGUUUCGGGCUGAAGCUUCACCACCACCGACAUCAGGGAUUCGCACGAAUAGGCGGCGCUCUUGCAGGACCAACGUUCGAAAAGAUUACUCGCCUAGCAACAACCAUGACCGGAAUCAACUUUAUGACACAUAUCCUUGGAUGUUUCCUGAUGACUCUGAACAGGUUCACGGUGGUUUGUUUGCCACAUCGACAUCGAGAUAUUUGGCAAGCAUGGAAGCUGAGCAUCUAUCUUACUAUUGCAAUCACCAUCUCAAUUGCAAUUCAUAUCGAAGGUCUCAUCGAGAACUUCAUCUUUGAAAUAUCUGCUGACGGAAGAUGGAUUCGUGUCGGCCGCAGUGGUUCAUUAGAGGUAAGGACAGGACCACACUUUGCACUGGAAUGA